UUUUUAUUGAAAUCUAAAAACUCAUGUCAAACCAGUAUCAAUUCAUUCUAUUAAUUCAAUCACUAACAUUGCAAGUCGCUCACACGUUCAAUUAAUUACAUAUAUAAAACACGUACAAAUUUCUAAAUACCUUUUGAUAACUUUUGAAUAUCGAUGAUUUUUAAAUAUUGAGAAACUAAUAAUAUCUUUAAUUGGAUACAUUCAGUCAGCAAAGAAAUCACGGAAAGAAGAAAGCCGCAAAUUUUACAUGCCUCGAAUUUUCGUUUCAAGAUUUGUUAAAAAAAAAAAAGGAAAAAGGAAGAAAAAAGUCUCUCCUCUCUGGUUUUCCAUUAGCCUCUGAGAUCACUCGAAAGAGGCGCCUUCGCCCAGCCCCCGAGUUGUAAGGUUACGAUCGUUGACACGGACACAGAAUCUUUAUCGGGAUGAACGUUCGCGGCUCUUGUUAACGAUGUCGUCGAGUAAAGGAAAUCGCCUCGGAGUGCUUUCGUGCGCGUUCGUCCCGUUGCGUUUACCCGUGAUUCAAGGCCUAUGGACCUGCGUGGAAAGCCGGACGCGUGCUUAUGAUUCAUAAAAUACGUCGUGUUAGGUUUGACCAUCUCAGGGUCACGGCACAGCAUUACGUGAAGUUGGAAAUGUUGGAAGUUGGUUUGAGGGUAGUCCGUGGACAGGAUUGGAAGUGGGAAGAUCAAGAUGGUGGAGAGGGUCAUGCAGGGACAGUUGUCGAAAUUGGUAGACCUCCUUCAUUUGGCAAUUCGGCUUCUAGCCCAAAUCCGUCUGACAGGACACCAGAUAAAACUGCCAUAGUCCAGUGGGACCAUGGGUCCAGGAGUAAUUACAGGAUUGGAUAUCAAGGUGCUUAUGACCUGUUGAUAUUUGACAAUGCAGCCACUGGCAUCAAACAUGCGAAUAUCAUAUGUGACGGAUGCAAAAGACACGGAAUAAUUGGCAUUAGGUGGAAGUGUAUGCAAUGCUGUGAUUAUGACUUAUGUACUCAGUGCUAUAUGGCCGACGUGCAUGAUCUCAACCAUUGUUUCGAGAGAUUUCAAACAGCCAAUUCUGUGGGGAUUCAAUUAACUCCGAGAGAAGGCUGCACUAAGAUCCCUCUAAAAGGGAUAUUUAUUGGGGCCAAAGUUGUUCGUGGUCCUGAUUGGGAAUGGGGAAAUCAAGAUGGAGGAAGAGAAUGUAUCAUUCUAGGAAAAACUGGCAGAGUUAUGGAUAUUCGUGGAUGGGACAAUGAAAGUAGUCGGUCAGUGGCAACUGUAUCAUGGUCCAAGGGCAGCACAAACGUCUAUCGUCUCGGGUACAAAGGUUGUGUGGAUUUGUGUUACGUAGAGGAAGCUACGGCUGGCACAUACUAUAAAGAACACCUUCCACUUCUUGGACAACCGAUAAUGACCGUACCGGACAACGGAGUCAACGUAACUCCGACCAAAAGUGGUGUUCCUUUCGCUGUAUCUAGUCCUCGUCAUGCAACGUUGAACGUUGGCGAUAAAAUUAAAGUGUUGGUUGAUGUAGAGACAUUAAAAGAAAUGCAGGAAGGUCACGGUGGUUGGAAUCCACGUAUGGCCGAUUACAUAGGAAAAAUCGGCAGAGUUCAUCGUAUCACGGAUAAGGGAGAUAUCCGUGUGCAGUUCGAGGGAUGCAACAACAGAUGGACAUUUCAUCCGGGUGCAUUAACAAAAGUCAUUAGCAAAGACACUUUCUCCUUGGGGGACAUAGUCAGAGUAAAGACUGACUUAUCAACGGUCAAAAUCUAUCAGCGAGGUCACGGAGAAUGGAUAGAUGUAAUGAAAGACGCCUUAGGAAAAACCGGCAAAGUAAUUAAAAUAUAUUCUGAUGGAGAUUUGAGAGUAGCACUAGAUGGUCAUACGUGGACGUUUAAUCCUUUGAGCGUCACGCCUGUUCCUCCUGGAACUGAAACUGUUACUCUGCAGGAUGAAGCAAACAGAAGUCGUGAUUGGACAACCGAAGGUGUCGACAUAGAAGUUGAAAAACUAUUGAGAGACGCAGCCAGAGGUGAAGCUGGAGUCUUGGCAGUUCAAGAAUUUUUGAAAAAGUAUCCUGGCAGAGUAGAUGCAAGAGCUGGCGGUCCAGGGGGCGGUAAAAAGACUUGCCUGCAAGUAGCGGCGCAUCAGGGACAAAAGGAUCUUUGUACUCUUCUUCUGGAUGCCGGGGCAUCUUUACGAGCCAUAGACGAGGAUGGAGAUACGCCUCUUCACUACGCUGCUUUCGGCAAUCAACCAGAAAUAAUGGAGUUGCUUUUGUCACGUGGCGCGGCGAUCAAUGCCGUGAACAACGGCAAAUGCAGCGCGUUGCACGUAGCUGUGAACAAACAACACGCACAGUGUGUCAAAGUAUUGUUACGUCACCAUUGCGACGUUAAUCUUCAGGACUCGUACGGAGACACAGCAUUGCACGAUGCCAUUGGGAAGGACGCUCUGGACAUAAUUGAUGCCCUCUGUGCAUGCGACAAAGUGGAUUUCACUCUGAGGAAUAAGCGAGGCUUCAACGUGCUGCAUCACGCCGCUUUGAAGGGCAAUGCUCACGCGACGGAGAGAUUAGUAGCGCGAGCGAGGCAUCUGAUAGACGUUAAAAAAGAAGACGGUUUCGCAGCACUACACCUUGCAGCUUUAAACGGUCACAAAGACGUAGCCGCGAUUCUUCUUUCGCCGACCGGUGGAAAUGCAAAGGUUGAUCUGCGAAACAAUCGUCGACAGACUCCCUUGCACUUAGCUACUUCUCAAGGACACUGGGCUUUGGUGGAGUUUCUUGUGCAUCACAAUGCUGAUAUUGCUAGCACGGACGCGGACGGUGACACGGUGCUACAUAUCGCUAUAGUGAAGAGUCCUAAUCAGAGCAACGUGGUUCCUACGCCUGAAAGUUGUCGGGAUUCUCCCCUUAUCUAUGCUAUAUGGCAAAAUUUAACCAGGCAAGGCGCGAAAACAGAACUCGCGUUAGCCUGUUUCCUAAUAAGCGUGGACAGGAGUUGUACACUUCUAGAACACACGAGAAACUCGAAGAAUAAAACGCCGUUGGAUCUUCUCGAAGCUGAUCUUCAGCUCGCUCCGUAUGCUGAUUUGCUACGGUGUUAUCAGUACCAAAGUCAAAGUCAAUUAGAGAUAGAAAAUACUACUCCUGCUUCUCAACCUUCCAUAUAUCACAUAGACACAGCGCUGCAAUCAGAAGUGCACGGAACAAGAAAAUGUAUUCCGGGCUCCGGUGACGCGUCUGAGUGUCAUGGUUGUUUAGGUAUAGUGACAAGCACGAUUAAAGAUGGAAAUAGAUUUAAUCCGGGCAGCAGUGUUGUCAUCAACUGUACACACUGUGGUCGUGGAAUUGCCAAAACGAAAACUAACCAAGGUACUCUUAAUGUUAUUCUUAAUGCAUUAAAGGACAUCCAUUAAGAUUAUGGAUAUCCUUGAUCCACUAAACCAGAGAUUCUCAAAGUGUGGGUUGCAACCCACAGAAAUUGGUGAGUUAAGAAUUGAUCUUUGAUGGAUCAUGAAAAAUUUCAAAAUAAAUUCGAGUGAAUUAUGUACGUUCAUCCAGAAUAUUUUGUUCAUCAAGAAUAAGCGUGCGUUGAAUCGCCAUAAGUAAUAUUUUCCGUUCUUAAUUAUAUACAAGCAGGCAAGUCGUAAAAAAAAUAUUUUUGAAAGUGAUAAGAAAUAUUGUUCAUAAAGGUUUGGUACCACUACCACUAAAGUUUAGUUUCUCAAUGUUAUGUAAGCACUUUAAUAUUGUGAAAUCUAAAAUCUGUAACAGAACUAUUACAGAGCAAAUACUAAGGAAAUAUUUGAAAUUGUGUUUCGUCAACAUAACAUUAAAGAAAAAUAUUCAACAUAGUAAAUUAAUUGAAAAAAAAAGUAUCACAUAACGUCAAGUAUCUUAAUUUCAUUAAAGAUGUUUGCCAUUUUGCAAUUUAUUAUAGAUGGCCAAGUGGCAACGGGUGAAAUUCCUCUGACAAAACAGGAAGAAAAGGUGAAAGAUAAUGCGCUGGAUGAUAAGAAAAAGGAGGAAGAUCAUCAGAGUAAGGAGAGAGAGAAAGAUAAGGAUUUAGAACGCUUACGUUAUUUGGAGACGAGAGUGGCCGAUUUGGAGGAAGCCAAUAUGUGCAGCAUCUGCAUGGAACGCCGCCGAAAUGUCGCUUUCUUAUGUGGCCAUGGGGCUUGCGAGCACUGUGCAGCUCCCUUGAAGACCUGUCACAUGUGUCGCAAAGUUAUCACAAAGAAGAUUAAUUUGUAUUAGACAAUCAAGUUGAGAAUGCUAUAUGUCCUCUAUGUAGACGCUGUUUUAUUUCCUCAUAUUCGUACGCCAACCACGCGAUAUCGGUUGGCAUGUAAAACGAAAUGCUGAAUCGCAACUGCCAAAAUAUACAAUGUACUUUUUUUUAAAACAGAAAAUGUUUAAUGAAGUCUUCACAGCCGCACCAACGUCGUGCCAUAAAUGAAAAUAAAAUUCAAAAUAACGCGGGCGAGUGUCUCAUACGAAUUUUUUUUCUCAACAAAUUCAGUCAUUUGAGCGAAACAAUCGCGUGCUUCUCUUUCUCGAAACUACAAACGAUACUUUGCCCGUUAUCAUCCCGUCCACUUUUUUAAAUCAUUAGUUAAAACAUAAGCAUCUUGUAAGAAUUCUCUUGUUCUGUACCAUAGCUAUUGACUCGAAAUGUUACCGAGCACUUCAAAAUGUUCAUAAAAAUAAAGCAAAAAAAUUCAUUUUUAAUGAACAUUCUGAAGUUCUCUUUUUUUUUGUUAAUAAUACAUGUUUGACUGAAUAAUGACACCACAAUUAGGUAUAAUAAGGAUUCAUACAAACGAACUUGCAAGUUUUCAUACAUAUCGUCAAUAUCUUUCUAUAAUAUAAUGUAUAUUUGUAGAGAGUACCGUUUCUAUUAUUUUGUAUGUAAUAUUGAUGUGACAUUAGUAGCAUUAUAAAGUUUAGUAUAUACAUACACAUAUAUAUAUGGCAUAUAUGUAUAUAUCAAACAAGGAUAUCGAAGGAUAUCGCUUCUAGCCAAAAUUAAUAUAAAAAAAUUAUACUUAUUGAAUAAUUUAUAAAAUCUUUUUGUGAUUAUAUAAAUAAUAAAAUGAGAAUGAUAAAGAUUAAUCGUUAAGGAUACCUUACUACUGCAAAACGUGCCACCAAUAGAACUAAUCAAAUUGUUUUAUAGUAGAGAUGUGUGUAUAUUGAAAAUAUAUAUGUAUAGGGAAAGAU